AUGCGUCGAUUAUACAAACUUCUUUACAACAAUGCAAUUUUAUCUUUCCUUUUAGAUCCUAAAUUCAAAGAGCCAAUAACCAAUGUAACUGCGCCGGUGGGAAGGGAAGCCAUUCUCUCCUGUGUAGUUCAGGAUCUCGCCGGAUACAAGGUGGCAUGGCUGCGUGUCGAUACGCAAACUAUUUUGACGAUAGCGAGCCACGUGAUCACGAAGAAUCACAGAAUCGCGGUUUCCCACAGCGACCACCGGACAUGGUUCCUUCACAUACGGGAAGUGCGGGAGUCCGAUCGAGGCUGGUACAUGUGUCAGAUAAACACGGAUCCCAUGAAAAGUCAGAUCGGUUAUCUCGAAGUGGUCGUGCCGCCCGAUAUUCUGGACUACGACACCAGCACGGACAUGGUGGUGAUGGAGGGACGAAACGUGACUCUGCGUUGCGCCGCGACCGGCUCCCCGGCGCCUAACAUCACCUGGCGGCGCGAGGACGGUCAGCAGAUUCAGCUCGGGAACGGGGAGGAAGUCGCGAGCGUGGACGGCCCGAGCUUCAAUAUCACGAAGGUGAACCGGCUACAUAUGGGUUCCUAUUUAUGCAUCGCAUCCAAUGGCGUGCCCCCUUCCGUCAGCAAAAGAAUAAUGCUCACUGUGCACUUUCCGCCGAUGAUCUGGGUUCAGAAUCAGUUAGUCGGUGCCCAAGAAGGCCAGAAGUUGACCCUCGAAUGCUAUUCAGAAGCGUUCCCAAAGUCUAUCAAUUAUUGGACGAGAGAUCAGGACAAGAUUGUGCCGCAAGGAGGAAAAUACGAUCCGGUGCUGAAAGAUAACGCGUACAAAAUACAUAUGAAGCUGACGAUAAACUCCGUCAGUCCAGCGGAUUACGGCUCGUAUAAAUGUGUGUCCAGGAACUCGCUGGGCGACACUGACGGCAGCAUUAAAGUCUAUCCAAUAUCGAGCUCCAAUUCUAGCAGCACCAAGUACAAAGGUAAAGCGAGGCAUAAUUCAGGGAGCAAUAACAUCCUGGAGGGAAAUCAAGAUAGGCUAAAGGAGCAAGAUUUGAAACUACGAGGUCAUAAGGAGAACGGCGGCGACGUAACGGACUACGAUGAGUCCAGCGCUACCAGCAACGGCAGCUCGUUGCUGCUGGUGAUCCUCGUCGCGUUGUGCCUGUGCCACCAUCAUCAUCCGCAGAUACGAACGUUGCACCCGGCCUGAGAUCUACUCACGACGGUCCUACACGCCAUCGCACGCGUAUUUCCAUCAUCGAACCACCACCAUCAUCGUGACUUUGUACAUCCACUUGUAAAUCCAUCGCUCAGGGACUUCCGUCGAGGAUGAAUAUCGUCGAGGACUGCGUUGACCACUUUAAACUUAAAACAAUAGGAUAAUAAUAUUAUAAAUAGCGUAUAGUGACAGCGGCCCCCGGCUAGCGUCGUAGCGCUGUCGGUGUUCGUUAAGGGAGGAUUACGACUUAAGGGACAGUCAUUACGGAACAGUUUCGGAACCGGAGUUCGGCGCGCAAAUCUACCCCAUGCGGCCGGAAUCACGUUACAAUGUUGGGAAACGCCUGAUUUAUUUUAGGGUUGCAUUAGCGGCGUCGCGUCGCGUUGCGAAGAUAACUGAAGUACCCAUAAAUUUCGAACGUUAUCACGACAGCGUCAAGAUAUUAAUUUGUUUUUUAAAUGCAAACUAAAUUACCCUCGCGCUCUUAAUUCUCAUCCUCUAUCUAUCUUAACUCUAAAUUGAAAGGAAGCUUGUAUCUGCUCAUUAUCAAUGGUUUUAUUUCCUUGUAUAGCUAGGCGAUAUAAUCUGUGUAAUUGAGAUAACAUUGCAUACAGCUAAAUAAAUUCUUUAUGAAAUAAUAAAUGUGUGAGCGGUAUCUUUUAUCGAUCGAGAGCAACGCAUUUUCACCCUUGCGAAGCUCAAUCGAUUCCGACAACGACCAGUCAAACAAAAGUGUCCAUUGUGACGAGAUGAACGAGAUGGUUCGCGAAGAAGCGAGGGCAACGAACGACGGACAGUUUGUACUAUUUCGCGUCAUUUUUAAUUGGCUAUCUGGACAACGGUGUAUCCCCCAACGUCGGAGACGAUUAUUACGAAGCGACGGUCAAACGGUGCGACGACGCGACGAUGCGGCUACACCAAUUGCAGGGAAAGGCAGUUACUGUCUAGACGCUUAUUAGAGGAACUCCAUGCUAGAGCGGAGCUGUCCAAUCCAAGUAAAGAAUGAACUGCUCGGACAGCUUCGAGCUUCGUUCACUCCUGCUGACCUUUUCCCAUAAACUUUUAAAGGCGUAUCAAAUAUAUAUUUCAAAAAAUAUAAUUUAUAUACACGUAAGAAAAACUACAAUAUAAAGGUUUGUAUGUACAUUUUUAUUUAUUUAUUGUAAUUAUAUUAAUUCCGCAGGCAGUUAAGAUUAUGUAUUAGGAGCCAAUUUUAUUUCUUUAUGACGCGAAAAGUAUAAUAUUACAAAGACAAUAGUGUGUUCGCUUCUUAUUACUAUAUAUUAUUUAGAAGAACUUUUAUUUUUCUUCAUAGAACGUAAUUCUUGUUCGAUAAACUAUUAGUCGUAGCAACGUGAACUUAUAUUAGUACUUCGCGAUAAAGUAUUUGAGUCGUAGCAACGUGAACUUAUAUUAGUACAUCGCGAUUUAACUCGUCUAGACAGCCGCAUCCUCUUAAAUAAAUUUAUUAAUUUUUUAAAGCUACAUCGGCGCAGCGACAUUGAUUGGCGUCGUUGUACAUGACUUUCCGUUAACUCCUGACUUGCGACGAUCUUUCUCUGUAUGUGUGUGUGUGUGUAUAGAGUAACUAACGUUAAUCUCAUAGAAUAUCCGAGGCGCAUUAUAUCAAUAGUCAUCGCUUGAAUACUCGCACCAAAAACCUCGGCAGACAUUCUGAAACUGUUCAUCAGAAUUUUUAUCGAGACGGACAUUUUCGCGUUAACAGAAACCUAUUCUAUAACAACUCUUUGUAUAGUACCAUGUAUAAUACAUUGAUAUACUAUGUAUAGAGUACUAUAGUAUAUAAUUAGUAUAAUUACUGAUAUACAUAUAUUGCAUAUAGACAGUAAGUAUAACACAUGUGAUGCCACACCGGCAUACCGUCGAUUUUCUCCCAGCGAAACAUCAAAUUAAUAAUUUAUCCUAUUCUCAUAUUCUGCCCAAGUAAAUUCAUUAUAGGCAAAAAUAAUUAUUUAUUUAUAAAUUUUUCUUAUUCCACGAAUUGCUUUGAAUUUCAAUUUAGCGAAUCGAAGAGUAUAAAGAGUACUUAACGUUUCAGUAAUCAGUCAGAGAGUAUACAUAUAUCAUAAUCUGUAUAUAAUAUGCGUAAUAAGUACAAGACUGAGGAGGAUCUUGGCGUCCUUAAAUAAUUUCCGAGUGGUCAAUGUAUUGCGUGUGAAUAGAUCUCCCUUUAUUAUGCUCUAAACGUACUGUACAUACUAAUAUACCAUGCAGAGUAGGCUGAUAAUUCAUAUUUCCGCUGCCACAUCGAGAUACAAGGUCCGUGGCGAGAAAUAUUGUUUUUCGUAAAAUUAAAAUAGAAUACAAUUUCUCGACAAUAUCCAACAAUCUCAACUGAAAGAACAGUUUAUUUAAUACGUUCGGCAAAGUGUGAAUUAUUUACUAAUUGUAAGAUAUAUCUGUCAUUCAUUAAGACUGUAUCGAUUUAUUCUAUGAAUAUGUAACCGAUAGCGCUAUAACUGCAAUUUCCGUGUCAUUAAUUAUUAACGUUGCGCAACGUAUAUCAAUAUUUGCGUCGUAAUCGAUCCAAAUAUUCGCGGGGGCUUCACUUAAGCUGUCAGAGCUUUGGAUAACACAUUCUAUAAACUGGGACACCCUGUACGGUCUGAAUCACAGUACAAUAUCACGAUGCCGGAGCUUGCACAUGGCGCGCUUUGUGUUUUCGUUUACUGAUGUAUGUAUACGUAUGCAAAUAGAGAGCUCAUUAUUGAAUAUCGGCCGUGAAAGAGAGUUUUGAAAUAGGUUAAGCAGAUUGCAAUAAAGAACAACAAUAGAAGAAAGAGGAGAGCUCUUAUCUAGUUAGAAAGAGGGUUAUCCGAGCGUUAAAAAAAAACUAAAAAAGAAAAAUAAUAAAAUUAGUAAAUGAACUACGCAAAGCGUAUCACGAAAAUAUAGCUUAUCACGGAAAAAAUAAAAGAAUUAACCAAUUCUUUUUCCGCGUAGAGAUAAUUAAGUUAGCAGAGCCUUUGUUCGACGAUUCUAUCUUUGAUAAAAAAAUUCGAGCUAUGUCCCAUAUAAUGUAAUUUCUCUAUCAAUAAAUGAUUACAUUUUUUCGCGAGCUCGCAAUUAAUUUUGUAAAUAGGAUGGCUUUGCAAGUUGAAACACUCCAAGCUGAAUACUUCAGAAUAGCGCGGACAUCAAUAAUUAAUAUAUAUCCGACGGUGAUUAAAUAUACUCUCAAAUAAUUAUGAUAAAUGCAGUUUGAAAAGCUAACACUGCAGAAUAUUGUACAUAUAUAUCUCUGCGGGAAUAUUGUAUAUAGGAAGAUAUAUCACACACAAAGUAUCUUCAUUUCUUCGGUAAGAGAUAAAUAAAUCAUUUUAAUGUAAGACACAUUAUCUCUGGAAAAUUAAUGAAGGUAAUAAUGAGUUUUGCAAGAGCUGUCAACUUAAAAUUUUAAUAUCUUAAUAUUUUAAAAUGUCCAAAAUUAUGAUGCUCGAAUUUCGGCACUUUGAUGAAGAUAAUAUACAAUAUUACAAUAACUCUUGAUUAAUUCAAUUUUAGUUAAACUUAAUUUAAGUAUCAUUGUCACAUAUGCGUAUUCUGUAAUUAAGAACGACAGUUGGGUUAUUAUGCCACAUAUUACGUAUUGAAUAGCAUUUGUCAACGGAAUUUCACACUGCAACUAUAUGCGGUGCUUAAAAAGGCUCGCGGAUUAUUUACAAUUAAGUAAUUUAGCGACUGCGACAAUUAAACAAUAUAUAUAUCGAAGAUAUUCAGAGCAACUACUUUUGUAUCAUCGACAUUGUAGAUAACACACAUCAAACAUGCAUCAGACAUACUACAACGCGCGUGAGGAAUCGCGGAGAGUAAGGGCGGGAUUUGUAAUAAAAAAUAAUACGAAUGAAGUGUAGCUAAAUAAAAUAAUCAGCAUAGCGAUUAAGGACGUGGGUGGAGUAUCAUGUGGUCAUAUGUAAGGAAUAAAUAUUAAAAUGUCAUAGUGUGUACAGGUAGAAUGCAUUACCUGUGCUGAUUGGUGGCGUGACUAUAUAUAUAUGUAUAUGUCUCUGCGUAUGUAAUAAAAACGCAGGAGAUCUUUC